AUGACGUUGGUGUUUCGGAAAUGGAGUGGAAAAGCGUUGAGAUUUAUACAGCCUCGUUUCUCUGAGAAAGGUACUUUGAGAACUUGUUUAUUCUACAGUCCAUACGAAUUCUUGUCUUGCUGCGAAAGAGACUUCUCUUCUGGUCUGAGUGAUAGAAAUCUCUCUUAUAGAGAGAGAUUGAGAAGUGGGCUUGUCGAUAUUAAGAAAGAUGAUGCUGUUGAUUUGUUCCAAGAAAUGCUUCGCUCUCGUCCUCUUCCCACUGUCAUAGAUUUCAAUAUGUUGUUUGGUGCCAUUGCCAAAACAAAACAGUAUGAUCUUGUUUUAGCUCUCUGCAACCAAAUGGAGUCUAAAGGUAUUGCGUAUGACAUCUACAGUCUUAAUAUUGUGAUCAAUUGCUUUUGCCGGCGCCGGAAACUCGGUUUUGCUUUUUCAGUUAUGGGAAAGAUCAUGAAACUUGGGUUUGAGCUUAACACAAUCACGUUUUCAACUUUGAUAAACGGAUUGUGUCUCCAAGGUAGAGUUUCUGAAGCUGUCGGGUUAGUUGAUCGAAUGGUAGAAACGAGACUCAAACCCGAUCUCAUAUUGCUUAACACUCUGAUCAAUGGACUUUGUCUCAAAGGUAGAGUGUCUGAAGCGGUAGAUUUAAUCGAUCGAAUGGUGGAAAAUGGCCAUCAACCGGAUGCAAGUACCUAUGGUCCGAUUUUAAACAGAACAUGCAAGUCGGGGAACACUGCCUUGGCUUUGGAUUUGCUCAGAAAGAUGGAAAAAAGAAAGAUCAAGCUCGGAGUAGUCCCAUACAGUAUCGUUGUUGAUGGUCUCUGCAAAGAUGGGAGAGUGGACGAUGCACUCAACCUUUUCAAUGAUAUGGAAAUGAAUGGGAUCAAAGCAGAUGUCAUUACCUACAACACUCUCAUAGGAGGCAUUUGUAACGCCGGUAGAUGGAAUGAUGGUGCACAGCUGCUGACGGAUAUGAUCUCAAGGAAAAUCAUCCCGGACGUCGUCACUUUUAAUUUAUUGAUUGAUAGUUUUGUGAAAGAAGAGAAGCUUCUAGAGGCUAAAGAAUUGUACAAUGAGAUGGUUAGAAGAGGUAUAACUCCUGAUACUUUUACAUAUAGUUCUUUGAUAGAUGGCUUUUGCAAGGAGAACCGCCUGGAUGAGGCCAAUCAGAUACUGGAUCUGAUGGUUAGCAAGGGAUGUGAUCCUGAUAUCGUGGCUUAUAAUACCCUUAUAAACGGAUAUUGUAAGGCUAAGCUGGUUGACGAUGGUAUGAGACUUUUCCGAGAGAUUUCUUUGAGAGGGCUGGUUGCCAACACAAUUACUUAUAGCACUCUCAUGCAAGGGUUUUGUCAAUCGGGAAAACUUAAGGUUGCCCAAGAACUUUUCCAGGAGAUGGUUUCACGUGGUGUGCCGCCCAGUGUCGUUACUUAUGGUAUUUUGCUAGAUGGGUUGUGUGACAAUGGAGAGAUAGAAAAAGCAUUGGAAAUAUUUGAAAAAAUGCAAAAGAGUAAGAUGGAUCUUGGUAUUGGUAUCUACAGUAUCAUCAUUCACGGGAUGUGCAAUGCUGGUAAGGUGGAUGAAGCAUGGGAUAUAUUCAGUAGUCUAACUCUUAGAGGAGUGAAGCCCGAUGUUAAGGCAUACACCACAAUGAUUUCAGGAUUGUGUAAGAAAUGCUCACUGUCUGAAGUAGACCUGUUGUUCAGAAGAAUGAAAGAGGAUGGGUAUGUGCCAGAUGACUGUACGUACAACACACUCAUCAGGGGACAUCUCCGAGGUAGGGACGUUAUUAAGUCAGCUGAACUGAUCGAAGAAAUGAAGAGGCGUGGGUUGUGUGCAGAUGCUUUUACUAUGAAGAUGGUUAUGGAUAUGUUAUCGGAUGGUAGAUUGGAGAAAAGCUUUUUGGAUAUGCUUUCUUAG